AAUUGCAAGUCUCUGGUAACGUUGCUCAGUUUUCUAGACUGCUCACCGCGCGCUGCUCAUCGUCUGUCCGUCUGAAAACCACAUCAUCUCAACAGAGAGGUGCCUUCAGCUUGAUCCCAGUCUCCUUAACUUUAUCCAUCAUGGCUGAGAAUAAGCUGGCCUCCUUUGGGAAGAUGCUGCUGAGGCGUCGCAUGCUGGACACGUCUCAGGACGAGACCCGCUUCGCUCGCUGUCUCACCACUCUUGACCUCAUAGCCCUCGGGGUCGGGGCCACACUGGGUGCAGGGGUCUAUGUCCUGGCUGGGGAAGUGGCCCGAGAGAAGGCUGGACCUGCAAUCGUGCUUUCCUUCCUCAUUGCAGCGUUGUCGUCUGUCCUCGCUGGUUUGUGCUAUGCCGAAUUUGGUGCACGUGUUCCCAAGACGGGGUCCGCUUACCUGUACAGCUACGUAACAGUUGGUGAAAUAUGGGCCUUCAUCACGGGAUGGAACCUCAUUCUGUCAUACGUGAUUGGCACAGCCAGUGUGGCACGGGCUUGGAGCUCAACGUUUGACAAUCUAGUGAACAAAACCAUCUCUGAUUUCUUCACUGAUUACAUGUCGUUUCCAGACACUGGAGAAGUGUUAGCCGAGUAUCCAGAUGUGUUUGCUCUCAUCCUGGUCAUAUUGCUCACUGGAUUAUUGGCAUUUGGAGUGAGUGAGUCUGCACUCGUCAACAAGAUCUUCACAGGAAUCAACCUGGUGGUUCUGAUAUUUGUUAUUAUAUCGGGCUUUGUGAAAGGCAACACUGCCAACUGGAGCCUCACUGUGGAGGACUACAUUAACAGCACAAACAACUACAAUCCAGAGCAAAUUGAAAAAGAUUUUGGCUCGGGUGGUUUUGCACCAUUUGGCGUCAGUGGAAUCCUGACUGGUGCUGCUACUUGUUUCUAUGCAUUUGUGGGUUUCGACUGCAUCGCAACCACAAGUGAGGAGGCCAAAAACCCCAAGCGUUCCAUCCCGAUCGGCAUAGUGGCCUCUCUGCUCAUCUGCUUUUUUGCCUACUUCGGAGUGUCAGCAGCGCUCACACUCAUGAUGCCCUAUUACAAGCUGGAUGUUCAUAGUCCACUUCCAGAGGCCUUUCAAUAUGUGCAAUGGGGCCCCGCUCGCUAUAUUGUAGCGGUGGGGUCUCUGUGCGCCCUUUCCACCAGCUUGUUAGGCUCCAUGUUCCCUAUGCCUCGUGUGAUUUAUGCCAUGGCUGAGGAUGGUUUGCUCUUUCGCUCCCUCUCCCGCAUGCACAAGAAAACCAAGACACCUCUGCUGGCCACCAUUGUGUCUGGCAUCGUAGCAGCUCUGAUGGCCUUUCUGUUUGAUCUCGCCGCAUUAGUGGACUUGAUGUCAAUUGGGACCCUGCUGGCGUACACUCUAGUUGCUGUGUGUGUACUCAUUCUCCGGUACCAGCCAGGCAGUCUCGGUUCCAGUGGUGCGAAUGAGAAGCCGAUGGAACUGCAGAGGCUGGAGGCUAAAGGAGGCAUGGCAGAUGUGGAUAGUGGGGAUGAGUACGGCCAGGACCUGGAGACAACACCCCUUAAAGAGAGGUUUUCCUUCAGGAUGCUGGUGCAGCCCAUCUGUGACGUACCCACCAAGAUUUCGGGCAUCAUUGUUUACGCUGCAACUGGCACCAUAUCGGUGCUGUUCACUCUGCUGUGUGUGGUGCUGGCAGUGUUCGGAGAGCAGGUUGUGACGGGCAGCCCUCUUUAUAUCACUUUGGUUGUUCUCCUGUCUCUUCUGUCUUCUGUCUGCAUCCUCAUCAUCUGGCGACAGCCCCAGAGUAAAGAGGUUCUCACUUUCAAGGUGCCUUUGCUCCCUAUUCUGCCAUUGGUCAGUAUCUUUGUGAAUAUUUACCUCAUGAUGCAAUUGGAUGGACCUACAUGGAUUCGUUUCGCCGUAUGGAUGGUUAUUGGCUUUAUUAUCUAUUUUGCAUAUGGAAUAAGGCACAGCUCUGAGGGUAAAAACAAUUCCACAGAAAAUUUUGAGCCCAUCCUUCAAGCCAAGAAACCAGUCUGCCUGACUGAAGAUGAGAGUGAACACGAGAGGGCCACACCUUGAGAAGCUCAACUGGAUUGGUAUGCCAGCAACGUUACAACCGGUUUAAGAAAAUGCUGCAGUAUCACUUUAUAAUGCACCUUAUAAUCCUUCAAUAAGCCUGCAUCGAAAACUGACAGUUCAGUAGGAGAACUGUGUAUUUCUUACUCAUUGUUAUUGUUGUGUCGGUAUAUGAUGGUACUGAAACAGUGUUACUUAUGUAUGUCUAGGCUUCUCUAUUGAAAGAAUUCAGUCUAGUCCUACAUGUACUUUGUAUGCACAUGUUGUUUUCAGAGGUGGGGCAGGGUGUCUACCUGUGAGUGGUCAUUUUAGGGUGCCUCCCUCCUCACACAAUGAAUGGGAGUAUGUUAUUGAAAGGCUUUGUUUAGACAGGUAGCAAAAAUCUCAUUGGGCGUGCCCAAAUCAAGGUUUUUUUUUUAUUAUUCAUUUAUGGUGCAAUCUUUGUGCAACGUCCUUCAUGUCCACAUUUACUCGUAUAGCACACUGUGUCACAUUUGCGAUGUAGUAAAGUGACUGGUUGCACAAUGAUGUUCUCUCAUGAACUCAGCACUGCAGUGAGAUGUCAAGGUGGACACGAGCAAAGGCAAACUUAUGCUUUUUUUCCUUUCCUCUCUUUCCACCCGGAGAGAUCUACUGUAGACAAACAGAUCAGAAUUCAUCCUUUGCAAAAAUGACCAAAUUUAAAGACCAAAUUAGAUUUGAGUGCAGUGUGAACAAACCCAAUAUAUUUUUACCGGAGCAGAGAGAAUUGAGAGAGGGUUAAAUAACAUGUGCAUUAUUGUUUUGAACUCAAAACGUCCUUGAAGUACUUCAUUUUAUAAACUUGAUAUGAUUGGAAAAUGAGGUACAUGAAAUUUUAUUGGAUUUUGUCAGUAGUUUUCUAUUUGUACAAGUAUGUGCUUGUAUAUUUUUGUAGAUGUAUUUAUGUAUCAGUAGGAGGAAAAUUUAUUUAUUGUCACUGUAAUAUGUUUUACACAUUUAGAAAGAACGAUACAUUUCAGCACAGCUUUCUCUGUUGAGCUGUACAUAUUUGGGAUGCAAAACGGGAAACCCUUAUUGUCAUUUUAUUGAGUAUUUCCGAAAGGGGUCUAUGUUUUUUACUUACGUGACAAACUAAUAUUUUUUUCAUUUUGAGCAUCAGCAUCGAAGUGCUCUUAUUUUUCAUGCAGUUUUUUUCUAGUUAUAUUCUUAAGAUAACAGUUUAUGCUGUUGUCAUAAUGUUUUUUGUAAAAACAUUGCAAUGUAAAUGCUUUUUUCUUUAAUGGAAAAGUAGAUCUGAAUGUAGAGAUUAUGGAGCUUUGUGACUUUGGUGGCUUUUUCCAUUUGCUGCUGGGAUAUGGUAUAUUUUAUUGACAUGAACAGAGCAAUCUAUUGCUCUUUACACUAAACAGAGUUGUUUGUACGGUAUUUUUCAAAAGUCAUUACAGUUUGCUGCAAAUAUUGUCAAUUUACAGCCUGUUUUACAAUGAAUGUUUACACAAUGCUGCUGUGUAGGUGAGCUGGAAUGGUUUCUUCCGGUUUAUUAAAAAUCAUAUCUGUUACAAAGUUGAGUUGAGAGUCAGUGUUAUAAAUUUGAACAGACACUGCCUUCUCUUAUAUAGUCUCUUAAGUAUUACUGUAGUCUGAUGGCUUUUCAUGGCUAUGAACCAGUGCUAUGGAUAGCUUUCCUUACUCUUUCAGAUGACAGAGCUGUUCAGUUUGAAGUCCUAAAACCUGGGAAUAAUUUUAAAGGCAUGUAUUAAACCAAUAUUUAAAUUUUUGGUUUAUGAGUACAAUAAGGUCUGUGGUUUACAUUACUUGUUAGCACAGGUUCUUUAAAUUAUAUUAAAGGAACAAACUUCAAUAUUAGUACAUUUUAAUGAAUCAGAAUCAUUCUUAUCAUUCUGAUUCUGAUUCGAACAGACAUUCCUGUUUACUGUGUUGUAAGUCAUUGUUUAAUAUUCAUGUACAUAUUUGCUUUUUAAAGCUGAAGUGUGAAAUUUCUGUGCCGCUGAUGUCAGCAAAUGAAAAUGCUAAAUAGUUCUGGUCUUCAAAAAAUGGUCCCACCCCAAACUCACACCACUGGUUGAGCCAGAGCUGCUGGAUUGGAUGCUUAAACAUGGAUCUGCAGUAUUUACACUUUUUGGGUAAAUCAGAAAAUAAAUGUCUCACUUUUAGUUCUCUCUGUGUGUUAAGAUGAGAUCUAAUAAAGUAUGUUAACAUUAAAACAAAUUAACCACUUCAGCUUUCCUAUGUAAAUAGUUACUUAAUGUGCCUUUAUUAUGUGAUAUGCUGUUUUAAAAUAAAUAUACCAAGUAUUGUCA